GUGGUGAUGGACAAUGGCAUAGUCCAAGUAACAUUGUCAAACCCAGAUGGAAUUGUCACUGGAAUUCGAUUUAAUGGCAUAGACAACUUGCUUGAAGUCCUUAACGACGAAUCCAAUAGAGGGUAUUGGGACCUGGUUUGGAACUCACCAACUAGCCCUACUGGAAUAUUUGAUGUGAUAAAAGGAACCACUUUCAAGGUUAUAGUAGAAAGUGAGGAACAAGUGGAGAUCUCUUUCACCAGAACAUGGGAUUCCUCAAUGGAGGGCAAGCUUGUGCCCUUAAAUAUUGAUAAAAGGUUCAUAAUGCUUCGGGGUUCUUCGGGCUUCUACUCGUAUGCCAUAUAUGAGCACUUAACCGAAUGGCCUGCUUUCAACCUCGGUGAAACAAGAAUUGCUUUCAAACUCAGAAAAGACAAGUUUCACUACAUGGCGGUAGCAGACAACCGGCAAAGGAACAUGCCUCUUCCUGAUGACCGGUUACCUCCUAGAGGCCAAGCCUUGGCUUAUCCAGAGGCUGUCUUGCUUGUGAAUCCAGUAGAGCCUGAGCUCAAAGGAGAGGUGGACGACAAGUAUCAAUACUCGUGCGAGAACAAAGAUAUAAAGGUGCAUGGAUGGAUAUCCAUGGACCCGAAUCUUGUGGGGUUCUGGAUGAUCACACCCAGCCAUGAGUUUCGAUCAGGUGGGCCCCAUAAACAGAACCUCACCUCCCAUGUUGGCCCUACUGCUCUUUCGGUGUUUCUAAGUGCUCAUUAUUCUGGGGAGGAUUUGGUGCCAAAAUUUGGAGAUGGGGAGCCGUGGAAGAAAGUUUUUGGGCCUGUAUUUAUCUACCUUAACUCUUUAUUCGAUGAAAGCGACCCUCUUGAAUUAUGGGAGGACGCUAAAACACAGAUGAAUAUAGAAGAGCAGAGCUGGCCGUACAGCUUCCCGGCCACAGAGGAUUUCCAAAAGUCAGAACAACGUGGUAAUCUCAGUGGAAGGCUACUAGUGAAAGACAGGUAUAUUAGUGAUGACUAUAUUUCGGCAAAUGGUGCAUUCGUGGGGUUAGCCCCGCCAGGAGACGUUGGAUCUUGGCAACGAGAGUGCAAGGAUUACCAAUUUUGGAGCAGAGCAGAUGAGAAUGGCUAUUUCUCCAUCAAUGAUAUACGUACGGGUAGCUAUAAUCUUUACGCAUGGGUCCCCAGUUUCAUUGGAGAUUAUCGCUACGAUGUUGUCAUUGCCAUAACCUCUGGGUGUGACAUUGAUACAGGGGAUCUUGUUUAUGAGCCUCCAAGAAGUGGCCCAACAUUAUGGGAAAUUGGAAUUCCGGACCGCUCUGCUGCAGAGUUCUAUGCUCCUGAUCCUAAUCCCAACUAUGUCAACAAACUCUAUGUUGAUCAUCCUGAUAAGUUUAGGCAAUAUGGACUUUGGGAAAGAUAUGCAGAACUAUACCCUGAUAAAGACUUGGUUUACACAAUUGGUUCCAGUGACUAUAGCAAAGAUUGGUUUUUUGCUCAGGUUACCAGGAAGAAAGAUAAUAAUACUUACCAAGGUACUACAUGGCAAAUCCAAUUCAAGCUAAACAAAGUGGACGAAAGUAGUACUUAUAAGCUCAGACUAGCACUAGCAUCUGCCACUUUUUCUGAAUUGCAGGUUAGAGUGAACGAUCCAAAGGCAAAUCCUCCUCUUUUCACAAGUGGAUUAAUAGGGAGAGACAAUUCAAUUGCAAGACAUGGAAUCCAUGGUCUUUAUAGGCUAUACAAUGUGAACAUAAAAGGAACUCGGCUUGUUGGAGGAGACAAUACAAUAUUUUUGACACAACCAAGAAGUAGUAGUCCUUUUCAGGGCAUUAUGUAUGACUAUAUCCGUUUAGAAGGUCCUCCAUCUGCUUCAACUUGCUAA